AUUAGUUACCACCUCAAUCGGUAUCACUUCGGACGCGUUUCUAAUAGUAUUGUUCCUAUUGAAAUCAGCACACUACCAACAUGGACCCAUUUAUGGAUAUCAUAAAUAAAUCUGAAGAACCAGAGUGGCUUGAAAACAAAAUAGCAGGCAACCUAAGAAUAUGGCAAGUUAUAUUUCUGUGUAUGGCCAGUUUGACUACUCUUAUUGUGAUAGUAUGCUGUUGCUUCCGUUUCCGCAUUCCCCGGACGAAGCAACAAAUCGAAGCGGACUAUCAAAGACGGAAGAUCACCACAAAGUUCCGCGCUAAGUUGGAAACUAUACAGGAUGCUAAGAUGGAUGCAAUGUCGUUGAAAGACGCCUUAGACCUACUUCACGAGCAGACCAAUAUUAACAUGGAGGGCGAAAACCAACCUGGAUCUCAGCCUAGUUCCAUCAUGUCACCGCAACAGAGUUCGUUGGAUGCAUCAUUCCAACCUGACGCGGGUCAGAAGCCGGACGCGCAGGCGUCGGGGCUCAGCUUCGUCAAGUUUGCGUCCAAAGUGGCCACGCUCUCCAAACUAGGACAGCCCAAGUCUCCCACGUCGCCCACACCCUCCGGCAACAAGAUGGACUUUUAAAAAUAUAUCCAAGUAGUUUUAUGCCUUAUAAUUGACUACUAGACUAUACAAAAUUAUUUACCUAAUGCUUUUUAGAGAAUUUACAUAUGUUGCAUACCAUUUAGAUGUCAUGUAUAAAUAAAAUAAAGUUUAAAAUGCA